CAGAAAAGCAUGAUUACGUGUAAUGAGGAAAUUUCUGUGGAUUUGACAGAUUAGCUUUUUAUCAGAAUAGUUGGUAAUUAACAUAAUUUCUUCUUAUAAAAGAAGACUGAAUUCGUAGUGGAUUUUAAUCUAUUAUACAUUAACUGUCAUAUAUAUACAUAUAUAUUACUGAAAACUUGUGGACAGAUUGAAAUGUAAACUGUCUAUUAUCUAAUAAUACAUGGGAAAUAUUAAAAAACAGUUUAUUAUAUUCGUUUAGAAAAGAAAAAGAGAAGAAUUCAAAGCAACCACUAACACUACCACUACUACCACCACCACCACCACAACAACAACAACACCACCACCACCACCAACAACAAUAAAAACAAUCAACAUUCAAUAAAUUACUUCCAAUGUAAUAAAUUAAUUAAAUAUGAAUUAUUUAAAAAAUUCAUUUAUAAAAACACAAUUAUAUUUAUAUCAAUAUAUACUACUUAUUAUAAUAAAUAUUAUUAUAAUAUUUAAUAUUAAAUUCACUUAUCAAUUAGAUACAACAAUAUGUCCAAAACAAUGUAUAUGUAGUUCAAAACGUAUGAAUUGUGAAUUAACUGGUUUAAAUUAUUUACCAAUACCACCAUCAAUAUUACAAUUAGAAUAUUUAUUAAUACAAAAUCAAACAUUUCUUAAUACACAUUUAGGACCAAAUGAAUUAUUUAUCUAUCGUAGUAUUGAAUAUGGUGGUAAAAUUCAAUUAAAAAGUUUACAUAUACGUUAUUGUAAUAUUAUUAGUUUAGAACGUAAUACAUUUCAAACAAUUGGUAAACAAUUACGUUUAUUAGAUUUAACAGGUAAUCCAUUAAUACAAAUAGAUGAUUAUACAUUUAAUGGUUUAAAUCAAUUAACUUUAAUAAUGGAUGAAAUUAAAUUACGUUAUUUUCAUCCAAAUAUAUUUAAUGGUAUAACACAAAUGAAAAGUUUAAUUAUACGUAAUUCUAAUUUAUAUGAAUUACCAUAUGAAUCAUUAUUACAAUUAAUUACUAUGAGUAAAUUAAAUCAAUUAAUUAUAAAAGGGAAUCAAUUGAAACAACUUAAUAAAAAAUAUGAUAAAAUAUUUAAAGAAUUACAACAUUUUGAAAUUAAUAAUAAUCCAUGGCAUUGUGAUUGUCAAUUAAAUUGGCUUAUAAAACGUUAUCAUUUAAUACAUAAAUAUCAUAAUAAUAAUAAUAAUCAUAAUCCUAAUAAUCCUAAUCAUAAUAAUAAUAAUAAUACAAUUGAUCAUAAUUGGAAUCAUAAUGAUGAAGAAGAAAAUAAUCAACCAAAAUGUUCAACACCAUUAUCAUUAGCUGGUUAUAAAUUUAGUGAUUUAAUUACUGAUUUAUCAGAAACAUAUAAUAAUAAUAAUAAUAAUCUAAAUACAAAUCUAUGGGAAAAAUCCAAUUCACCAUUUAUACUUUAUUGUCCACCCCCACAACUUGAACGUCUUGAUAUUGAUUUAAGUAAUUUUAAUCAUAUUCAAAAAUCUAUUAUCAAUAAAUCUUAUCAUCAAUCAUAUGAUUCGGUUCGUUUAACAUGUUCAAUGAAAGGAUCUAGAGAAUUAUCAAUUCUAUGGUAUUAUCAUAAUCAUCAUAAUAAUAAUAUGACUUUAGUUAAUUUAUCCAAUCAUCAUAUUCUACAUAAAUAUCCAAAUAAUAAACAAAUAUCCUAUAUGAAUAAUGAUAUUAUUAAAGUGGAAAGUCAACUGGAUAUAAUAAAACAACAACAAAUUGAUAUUUAUUCAUGUAUUGGAAUUGAUGUUAUUGGUAAUGUAACAGCAACUAUACAAUUACAAUGGCCAUUAAUACAAUUAUUAAAAAUUGAUAAUAAACUAUCAUUAUCAAUAUAUAAUGAAAGUAAAUUAAAUUAUUUAAAUAAUUGGUCUACUAAUACUACUACUAUUGAUGGUAGUAGUAGUAGUAGUAGUAGUACUAUAUCAUCAUUAUCUUAUACAAAUUCAAUGUUACAUAUGAAACAAUUUAGUUUAGGUGAAUUAAUAGCAGCUACAGCUGGUACAUUUUUAUCAACUGUUUUAUUAUUUUUUAUUGUCUAUCAAACAUUUCAUUGUAGAUUAACAUCAUGUGAUAAACGUAAAUUAUAUAGACCACAUAAAACAGAUCAUAGUAUAUUAGAAGUGCCUAAUAUAUCACCUGAUGGUAUAUCAUCAUUAAAUACAACAUUAUGUAAUAUAUCAAAACCAACGACAAUUACAACGGCAACAACAACAACUACUACUACUACAAUAAUAACAACAACAACUAAUAGUAAUAAUAAUAGUAGUAAUGGUUCUGUAGAAACAAAUUUACUACAAAAUUCAAUAACAAAUUGUCCUACAAGUCAAUUAAAUUCUGAAACUAUUUCAUUAACAACUAAUUUAUUAAAUGCACAACAAUUUUUAAAUGGUUUAUCUGGAUUUAAUCAUGGUACACUACCUGUAAAUAUAAGACAACAAACUAUUCAAACAGAAUUAGGUAGAUGUAUUCAACCAGCACCAAGUAGUACAAUAGGUGAUGGAAGUUUAAAUUCAAUGUCAUAUGAACCAAUAUCAUAUUCAGAUACUAAUAAUGUAACAUAUGAUGUACCAUGGAUAGUUAAUACUAAUACAAAUGAUAAUAAUAUAAAUAAUCAUAAUAUAAUUAAUAUGAAUCAAAGAAUAUCAAAUGAACAAUGUAUUCCAUUAUUAUAUAAUGGAUUACCUACAAAUAUAUCUAAUCAUACUGGUUUACUUAUUCCACCACCACCAUCAAUUCCACAACCUUCAUUACCAAAUUCUUGUACAAAUUCAACAUUAUCAUUAAAAACUGUUACUAUUCAACCAAAUUUUCAAUCGAAUCUUCUUUUUUUACAAUCUGGCUGUUAUCCACAAUUAAUAAAUUCUGUUACAACAAAUUCACAAUUAAAUCAGGGAUCUUCUGGUUUAACAAAUUAUUUAAAUUAUCAUUCAUAA